AUGUGCGGCAUCCACGCCGUCCUCACUCCCUCGGGCAUCGUCCACACCAUCUCCCCAGACCUAACCCGCUGCCUCUGCAACCGCGGCCCAGACUACUUCGGCCAAGUCGAGAGGCGCGUCACCUCCACCUCAUGUUCCUCUUCAAGCAACAGCGUCUCUUCAUUGUCGUCGUUGGAUAGCUGUUGGACAUUAAAGCUCACAUCCACCGUCCUCGCUCUCCGCGGCGAUCACGUCGCCAAACAACCUCUCACCACAUCCUACCCAGACGCAGACACAGACAAGACUGGCUCCGUGCUCUGCUGGAACGGCGAGGCUUGGCGCAUCAAUGGUGAGCUUGUCAAGGGUAAUGACGGAGAGGAGAUUUGGCGGCUGUUGAGGGAGGCGGAAGCUAGUGCUUCUGCGACUGUUGCUGCUGCUGCUGCUUCAGAGGAGGAGGAAGAGGAAGAGAAAAAGGAAAAGAAAAUCCUGGAUGUCUUCCGAGUCAUUGAAGGUCCGUUUGCCUUUGUUUACUGGUAUGAGGCGGGCCGGAAAGUCAUCUUUGGCAGGGAUCGGUUGGGGAGGAGGUCGCUUAUGGCGAAGAGGGAUGAGCGGACUGGGGAGUGGUGUUGUCGAGUGUUGGCGGAGGGAUUCAACGGUGGUAGCGACAACACCAAUGGGUCCAAUGGGUGGAAGGAGGUGGAAGCUGAUGGGAUUUAUGUGCUUGAUUUGGGCUUGUUACCUUUGUCAGGCGAGGAUGCAACACCCGCGGCGUUGGAUCCGGUGCGGAGGGAUUGGAUCGAGGGUGUUGACCCAGCCGAGUUUGUUUCCAGCAUCGGCAGAUUCAACAAGUCUCUCCCGCCCGCCUCAAGCUACGCACCACUAUCAGCGACUUCCCCCUCGGUGUUGGCGCUGAAGCAACAACUUAUCGACUCCUUGUCUCUGCGCGUCCUCAACAUCCCGCGGCCUCCCAAUGCAGACAGGGUGGCUCACGAUACUCGCGUCGCCGUGCUCUUCUCCGGAGGCCUGGAUUGCACCGUCCUUGCAAGACUGGCCCACGAGGUCAUGGACCCGGAGCAAGGAAUCGAUCUGCUAAAUGUGGCGUUUGAAAACCCGCGGGUUGUGGCCCAGCUUCGCAAGGAUCAUGCCAAGAAUAAGAACAAGAAGAAGAACAGCGGCAACGACAACGGCAAUGAUGAGGUCGAUGGCGAUAACAUUGACAUCGACUUCUACGAGGCCUGUCCCGACAGAAUCACCGGCAGGAAAUCGUUCGCCGAGCUGCAGAGAGUCUGUCGAGGACGGGCAUUCCGGUUUGUAGCUGUAAACGUCCCCUACACCGAAACCCUAUCCCACCGCCAACAGGUUAUCUCCCUCAUCUACCCGCACAACACCGAAAUGGAUCUCUCCAUCGGCUACGCUCUCUACUUCGCUGCUCGCGCCCAAGGCGCUUGUACCCACCUAGACGGCUGCCUCUUUGGCGGUUACUCCCGUCAUCCAUCCGCCUACGAGCGGGCCGGGUACGCCGGUCUCGUCGAUGAACUCUUGCUGGACGUUGGUCGUCUCGGCAAGCGGAACCUCGGCCGAGAUGAUCGGGCCAUGUCGCACUGGAGUAAGGAGGUGAGGUUUCCUUUUCUGGAUGAGAGGCUCGUGAGGUGGGCCAUGAACACUCCCGCAUGGGAGAAGUGUGACUUUGAGAACGAAGGAAGGGAAGUCGAAGCUGGCAAGAGAGUUUUGAGGCUGCUUGCUCUGGAAUUGGGAAUGGAAGGUGUGGCGAAGGAGAAGAAGAGGGCUAUCCAAUUCGGCGCAAGAACCGCCAAGAUGGAAAGCGGGCGGGUAAAGGGAACCACCCUGAUUUCCUAA